AUGUACUGGAGACCCCUGUGCCAGUUCCUGUGGCUUUGGUCCUAUCUGUUCCAUGUUCAAGCUGUACCUAUCCAGAAAGUCCAGGAUGACACCAAAACCCUCAUCAAGACCAUUGUCACCAGGAUUAACGACAUUUCACACACACAGUCAGUGUCUGCCAAGCAGAGAGUUACUGGUUUGGACUUCAUUCCUGGGCUCCACCCCAUCCUGAGUCUGUCCAAGAUGGACCAGACACUGGCAAUCUACCAACAGAUCCUCACCAGUCUGCCUUCCCGAAAUGUGAUGCAAAUAUCUAACGACCUAGAGAACCUCCGGGACCUUCUCCACCUGCUGGCCUCCUCCAAGAGCUGCCCCCUGCCCCAGACCAGAGGCCCACAGAAGCCAGAGAGCUUGGAUGGCGUUCUGGAAGCCUCUCUCUAUUCCACAGAGGUGGUGGCCCUGAGUAGGCUGCAGGGCUCUCUGCAGGACAUGCUGCGACAGCUGGACCUCAGCCCCAGCUGCUGA